UAGAUGAGUGGGCGGUAGGGGCGUGGCCAUAACUCAGGCAACCGCAACCUGUCAAUCAUAUACUGUGGCGGGAGCAAAAAACGAGUGUCAGUGAGGAUGCCUAGGCUAUGAUUGCCUUACUUUUCCUGUUACUGGCAUCGUGUGUGCGUUUGGACAAAACCCACAGUAAACGCUUAGAGGGAUCUAACAAAAGCUCACAGAAGUUCAGUGACCGCAAAAUAUGACUGUAUGAGUUGACAUAAUUUUUUUAUUAUUUUUUUAUUACACUUAUUGAGUGGGUUAUUUUUUAUUUAUUUUUUUCGACGCCUGUCACCUAACCAAAGAGACACCUGCCGCUGAAGACGUAGGCUACUCUCUCCUUGUAAUCUCAACCGACAGUUUCUCGUACCAUUUUUCUUCUCAUGUGGAGGAUUUUGUCUCAGAAAGGAAUUAUUCAGUUACUUGUUCGAGUAAAUUCCAACAGACCUGCUCAGGAUGCCUUGGAUGAGCGUCUCUCUGCCAUGGAGUUGCAUUCGGGAAAGCGCGAAGCUCUGUGACUGAACAAACUAGCCGUACUGCGGCACGGCUUCGCAAAAUAAACGCUUUGCUACUGUCUGACCACUUGCUGAGUCGCAGGAAUGUUGUAAAAACCGCUAGUUUUGCGUUGGACUGGGGGACUGAGAGUCGAAGAAGGCGAAGAGACCACAGCAGGUGCACGUGAACGCAGGAAUAUUAUAAUGGCUCUCGCGGCGGUUUCCCUCUACCUUCUCGCGCUUGCCUGGACGAACUUGCGCCCGGUCCACGGGAACAACCGCCACGCCGUAUACUGGAACAGCUCAAACAUCCACUUGCGGAGAGAAGGCUACACCGUACAAGUCAGCGUUAAUGACUACCUGGACAUCUACUGUCCACACUACAACCAGAGCCAGCGAGGGGCGCUAGAGCGCGGCGUGGCCGAGCAGUACGUUCUCUACAUGGUCAGUUACCGAGGCUACCGCACCUGCGACCCACAGAUGGGCUUCAAACGCUGGGAGUGCAACCGGCCGCACGCCCCCCAUGCACCAAUUAAGUUCUCUGAGAAAUUCCAGCGUUACAGCGCCUUCUCACUAGGCUAUGAAUUCAACGUGGGUCAUGAGUACUACUAUAUAUCUACACCAAUCCAUCACCACGGACACAGCUGUUUAAGACUGCGGGUGUUUGUCUGCUGUUCUACAGUCUCUAAUGCAGAUGACGACUCAAACCAGAGUCCACCUGACUACACUGUCAGACCCAAACUGCAUGACAUCGAUGAGUUUAACCCUGAGAUCCCUAAACUGGAGAAGAGCGUCAGCGGUAGCAGUCCGUCUGGAGACCGACUGUUAAUCACUGUGGCGACGCUUCUCCUCGCUGCUCUCCUUGUGUCUUAGCAACCUGACAUUUCUGAGCCAGCAGUUCCGAGCGCUCCGAAAAAAAAGAUCGCCUUUCAUUCAACCUGUGCGGGAGAUUAUCCAGUCAGAUUAACCAAUAGUUGAGCCCUAAACACUGGAGCUAAUUGUAGAUCUACCGCACCCAAAUAGUGGCCUUUGUCUCCACAAUUUUGGACCUUAGGAAUAAGGAUGACGUGCAUCAAUUUCAGAAUUUGCCUUUGUGAUGGAACGUCCACUCUCCUCAAACAUACUCGCGGAGGAAAACGAAUCUGGUUAGACAGUGAGGUCUCUCUACCUCUAGCUACGUCCGUUCUCAUCCCUAAUGAACCUAUCCAGACCGGGGCAAAUCUUGAGAUGGACAUUUUAAGAUUGACAUGAACUCAAAUGGAUAUGACAAGCGUCAUAGUGGUCAGUGGAUCUCAGCUGAGAGACUCGAGGAGCGCUGGAGACCUUUGAUCCCGUCUUAACAUUCUGUCACAACCCAUACCUGUGUGACUGCAAUAUGUGUCAGUCAUUGAUAGUGCUGCAGCAGAGAUCAAUAAAACUCAUUUGCCAGUCACUAAGUUCAGGUGUUAGGCUUAUGAAUCGAUCACAGAAAGGCACGGCUCCUGUUUCUGCUAGUUGCCGAGCUGGAGACUCGUCUGUGAGCUGUAAUGGGAACGCUUUCCAUCUAGUUUCCUAGUUCCACUGCUGAACUUGGAAACUAGAGGCACAUUAUCGGUCAGAGACCAUCACUUUUGUACAGUGUGUGACUGAAAAAGUUUGGUCAUCAUAGCAGCGCACAUAUUGAAAGAGAAUCGAGAUGGAUCGAACUAACGGUAGAUGGAUAGAUAAACUUUUAUUUCCUAUAGUAUGUACGUGUCAUCAUGGAAAGGUACUGGACUGGCCAGCGCCACUGAUUAGCAUAGUGGCCAUUUUUGUAAGAGUGGUCAAGUCGUAAACUGCAAUUCGCUGUUUUAUAUCGAAGAAUUGCGACGCAGAUUUAGUUUUUACCGUAUGAUACAUAUUUAACUGCUCUUUGAGUAUAUUACUUUAUAUACUUAAUUUAUUGAGUUAUUUAUUGAUCAUUUGAUCCUUUUUUUGAAACUUUGUGAGUUUUGUCUGCUUUCUUGAGGGAUCCUUCCUCGUCUUUGCUAAUGCCAAAUUAUUUUGUUUAUUUACUUUUAUUUCUGUUCAUGUGCCAGCAAAUUGAGUCUUAGUUACAGAAUUACAUCUCUAACGCAUCUCAUUCAUUGCACUCAGUUGAAAUAGGUACAUUAUCUCCCUAAGGAGAGUCAUUAUUACAGGACAGUGUGAGAUUGUUGUAGUCUAUAUUGGUGGGUGGGGCUGGGAGGGCGAUUAGGGAGGGGCUUCUUGAAAGGGCGUGGCUUCAGUGCAGUAAUGGAAUGAGCUUAAUGAAUAAAUCAUUCUUCGGAAUGCUGCAGACAAUGUCAAGAGUGAAUGUAUGUAAAUGUGUCUGCGUAUGUGUCUUAUGAGUGUGCACUUUACAGGGGGUUGCGUGAUAGUGUGCGCAUUUUGGCAUUUUCAUAUGCAUUUAGAUACACAUUUGUAGGUUUUAAAUACUCAAGCUUGUGUGAGAGUUUUGGCUGGUGGGAAUGAGACAGGUGAGAACGAAAGCAUUUAUCAUUGUUGACAACAACAGUACCAAUCGUGUUUACCGUAGAAAGAUUACAAACAUGUAAAUGAAUCAUGAAUGACAAUUACCAGAAUGAUACUUAAUUAAUAAACCAUUCUUAUUUUAA